GUUCGUUGUCCGUCGCUUCGUUUAAGCUCGUAGUCGGCGAAAAAUAGUUUUCCUCCAUUUCGUGUUGCGUUUCAGUCAUUUAAUAGCUAUUUUUGGGAUAGAAACUGUGAUAUAAACCAACAUAGUGGCUAAAGUAACGCCGUAUCCGAGUAUGAGUUGUUCCGGAAGGAAUAAAUUCGAGAUCGCUCGGUUCUCGAGCGAAGAUGAAAACCACAUAAAUAAGAAGUUACCAAAGGAAUUGCUUCUAAGGAUCCUCUCCUAUCUCGACGUCGUGUCGCUAUGUCGGUGUGCGCAGGUUUCAAAACUAUGGAAUAUAUUAGCUCUGGAUGGAUCUAACUGGCAGAGGAUAGACCUUUUUGAUUUCCAGAGAGAUGUUGAGGGUCCAGUGAUAGAAAACAUAUCGCAGAGAUGUGGCGGGUUCCUGAGGCAGCUGUCCUUGCGGGGCUGCGAAAGUAUCGCCGAUGGUUCCAUGAAGACCCUGGCUCAGUCAUGCCCGAAUAUCGAAGACUUAAAUCUGAACAAAUGUAAGAAAUUGACGGACCAGACUUGUCAGGCUAUCGGCAGGAGGUGCAGCAAGCUGCAGAGGAUAAAUCUGGAUUCUUGUCCUAGUAUAACUGACAUAUCUUUAAAAGCAUUGUCCGAUGGAUGUCCGCUUCUAACGCACGUGAACGUAUCAUGGUGUCAAUCUAUCACUGAAAAUGGUGUUGAGGCGCUCGCCAGAGGAUGCCCUAAAUUGAGGAGUUUUAUAUGCAGAGGUUGCAAGAAUGUGAACGAUCGCGCCGUCUCGUGCUUGGCUACGCAUUGUCCAGAUUUGGAGGUUCUCAAUGUACAGGGAUGCGAAAGUUUGACGGACGAGUCGAUAUGCAUGCUUGGCGGCGGCAUGCGGCGGCUGUGCGUGUCUGGCUGCGCGCAGCUCACGGACGCGGCGCUGGCCGCGCUGGCGGCGCGCUGCCCCGACCUGGUGACGCUGGAGCUGGCGCAGUGCGGCCAGCUCACCGACAUCGGCUUCCAGGCGCUGGCGCGGAGCUGCAGGUUGUUGGAGCGGAUGGACUUAGAAGAAUGCGUUCUGAUCACUGAUGCUACAUUAGUACACCUCGCCAUGGGGUGCCCUCGACUUGAGAAACUGACCCUGUCACAUUGCGAGCUGAUCACAGACUACGGAAUCAAACAGCUAUCCAUGUCGCCUUGUGCCGCGGAGCAUCUCACAGUGCUCGGUCUGGACAACUGCCCUCUAGUCACCGACGGGGCGCUGGAACAUCUAAUAUCGUGUCACAACCUGCAGUUGAUCGAGCUGUACGACUGCCAGCUGGUCACCAGAAAUGCCAUUAGGAAACUUAGAAACCACCUGCCCAACAUAAAGGUGCACGCAUACUUCGCGCCGGUGACUCCUCCUGUGACGGGCGGGGGCGCGAGGCCGCGCUACUGCAGGUGCUGCAACAUUAUAUGAAACCAGAGUUAGUGGGGACAUACCUCACCGUACAUUUAUACAAUUAAGCAUGGAUUCCGUACGAUAGAAGUUCCCAACGACCGAUAGGGGGCCGCAGACAAAGUGAAAACCGCAAAAUUGUAAGUCGAUAUCAUAAAAAAAAAUUCAAGUGACUACGUCUAAGUUAAUUUUUUUUUAAUAAAAUUAUUUUUUAUACAUUGUUUUAAGUUUACGCGGUUAUUAUCAUAAUUAAAGCACAUAAUAACGGGUUCUUA